UCUGGCUGUAAGAAUUUGUUGAUUCUUUUGUGGGAUUACGCUUAGAAGGAGGUUCUUGAAAAUCCCGAUUUUUAUGUAUGUGUGAAGGUGGAAUUUUUUUUAUCAAGGCGGCGACUUUUAUAGUUCAUCAUGUGGGGUUUUGCUUCCAAUGCCAUAGCUGGGAAUAAUGGACUGAAAAAAGAUGUUUUGAAGGCAAAUAAAGCUCCUUCGGAGUGUUCAGAUGAUGAGAUUUCGGUGAAUAGGCAGAGAGAGGAAGGAUUGGAAUGCCCGAUUUGCUGGGAAUCCUUUAACAUUGUGGAGAAUGUACCUUAUGUUUUGUGGUGUGGUCAUACCUUGUGUAAGAAUUGUGUACUAGGACUGCAAUGGGCUACGGUGAAACUCCCUACACUACCCAUUCAGCUUCCAUUUUUCAUUUCUUGCCCAUGGUGUAGCUUACUAUCGUUUAGGCUGGUGUAUAAGGGAAAUCUCAAAUUCCCUUGCAAGAAUUAUUUUGUCCUUUGGAUGGUUGAGAGCAUGAAUGGUGACCGGGUAAAAUCACACACUUCCUUGUGCAAUGAUCAUCAACAUGUGUGGUCUUUAAACAAGAAUGUGGCUGGAAAUCGGGUUAACAAUGGAAACAUCCCCGGAACCUUGGCUACUUACCUUCGUCCAGAAAAUGAGUCCAACCGCAACGAAGGUCGCUCAGUGGGUACUCAUUUCAAUAUGGAAAGAUUCCACUUAUCUCUUCGCAAGUCCUUAGUUUUUUUUGUUCACUUGACUGCUAAGUUUCCUUUGGUCUUCAUAUUUCUGCUUAUUGUUUUGUAUGCAAUACCUGCCAGCGCAGCCAUCUUGGCUUUGUACAUUCUUAUCACUGUUUUAUUUGCUGUCCCGGCUUUACUUGUUUUGUACUUUGCAUACCCUAGCCUUGACUGGUUGGUCAGGGAAAUUAUCAAUUGAUUAUCAGUUAACUUUCA